CAAAACUUAUUUCAAAAUGUUUAUUAAAUCGUCUAAAGUUGUCAUCAGUUGUGCCUUCAGUUUAAUGUUGUUAACGGUUUGUAGUGCCAAAAAGGAACAACAGCAACAGCAACAAAGAAGUCAACAAGAAUUAUGGGAGCAAGAUCUAACCGAUACAUUCAAAAUCGAAGGCUCCGAUCAGGGCAUACAAAAAGUCAAUCUAAAAUGUGGCUCCGACUCAAUGCAUGUCAUGUUGGAGACCGAAAAACCCUUCACGGGUGUCAUGUACACACGGGGAAGUUUCUACAAACAAGCGGCACCCUGUUUCGUCAAACCCUCCACAAAUAGUGCCAAAUCAUUGGAAAUGAAUUUCAGUUUGGAUCAGUGUCAAACCCAAAAAGAAGGUGAACUCUAUUCGAAUAUAGUGGUCAUACAAAAUGAUCCUGAAUUAAUAACCCCCGGAGAUUCGGCCUUUUCAUUGGAAUGUGAUUUUAGACAGCCACGCAGUGUAGAUGUGGAGGCGAAUAUGCAGACCAGAGACAGAAUAGUUUAUGCCUCGAAAAUCUCCCUCACUAGUCCAGAUCCCUCACAGGCCACACACAAAACCACAUUACACUCAUCUGUCACUAGUGCCUCAGAUACAGUCACUUAUAUACCCAAACACAAGGCGGCUACUACCAGUCCAAAGAACACUAAAAAACCAAAGACACAGCAAAUUAAGCAAACAAAUAAAGAUCAUUCUCAUUCUAAUCGGUUGGAAGGUGACGAUGAUCUUGUUAAUGAUGAUGACAAAAUUAUACACUUGGGCACAGUGGAAGACGUUACGCAUAUGUAUACGAAAAGAGAAGAAUUGUAAAUUUCGUUUUAACAAAUUUACAGGAUUUAGAAAUACAUAAUUAUUUACUACUGGUAGUAAAUAAAACAUUUAAUGCAUGUCACUUUUACACGAUCAUACACAAAGCACAUUAUUUAUACAUA